AUGAAUGGCACCCCGUAUGCCCCUCAGCGGCAUAUCAACGACCAUUACGAUAUCGUCGGCUUCAUCUCCAGCGGCACGUACGGCCGGGUGUAUAAGGCGGUAUGCAAACGAACGCCCGGAUCAAGUCAGCCUUCGAGCCAGGCCAAGCAUCCCGAUGGCAGGACGAUCGAGGCUUUUGCGAUCAAGAAAUUCAAGCCGGACAAGGAAGGCGAGCUCCAGUAUACCGGAAUAUCUCAAUCGGCUAUUCGAGAAAUGGCGCUGUGCACUGAAUUGAGCCAUCCUGCUCUCAUUCAUCUCGUGGAGAUCAUCCUUGAGUCGAAGUGCAUUUUCAUGGUGUUUGAGUAUGCAGAGCAUGACUUGCUUCAGAUCAUUCACCACCACAGCCUGUUGCCGCGAACGCCCAUCCCAGCUUCUGCUCUUCGCUCCUGCAUGUAUCAAAUCUUCUCCGGCCUGCUCUAUCUCCACCAGAACUGGGUGAUACAUCGGGAUCUGAAACCCGCGAAUAUCAUGGUUACCUCGUCUGGAGCUAUCAAGAUUGGAGAUCUGGGUCUUGCACGUUUGUUCUACAAGCCGUUACAUGCACUGUUCUCGGGCGACAAGGUCGUCGUGACCAUCUGGUAUCGUGCGCCAGAGCUACUUCUUGGAAGUCGCCAUUACACCCCAGCAAUCGAUCUCUGGGCCGUUGGCUGUAUCUUCGCCGAGCUGUUGUCCUUGAGACCUAUCUUCAAGGGAGAGGAGGCAAAACAGGAUUCCAAGAAGGCUGUCCCCUUCCAACGUAACCAGAUGGGCAAGAUUGGAGAAAUUCUCGGACUGCCUAAGAAAGCCGACUGGCCGCUCUUACCAGCUAUGCCUGAGUUUCCCAACCUGCAGACUGUCAAUAUGCACAACCCCGGUGUGAACCGACCGCUUGGGCUGGACAAGUGGUAUCGUAACACGAUUCAGAACAACAACUAUGGUGGCCCGCAAUCACCACCACCGGACGACAGUGCUCUAGAUCUCCUGAAGAAGUUGCUGGAGUAUGACCCAUUGAAGAGGCUCACUGCUGAACAAGCUCUCAAACACCCCUACUUCACCGGCGAUGGCAAGCUACCUUCCUGGAACUGCUUCGAGGGCCUGGAGACCAAGUAUCCGCCUCGAAAAGUGAGCACGGAUGCUCAUGAGAUCGGCACUGGCAGUCUGCCGGGUACGAAGCGUAGCGGACUGCCGGAUGACACUUUGCUUCGGCCGCCUCAGAAGAAGAUGAGGGAUGGCUGA